AUGCGCGGGGCCGGGACCCCCGGUGCCCCCCCGGGUCCCGCCGCGGCGCUGCGCACCGGCGGGGGAGGCUGCGGGGCGCUCGAGCCGGACGCCAGCAGCGACAUCGUUCACCCCGUCAAGGUUGACGAGAGCGGGGCGUUCCUGUCCUACGACCUGUCCCACCGCGCGCUCCACCGGCGCUCGCCUUCCUCCAGGAGCAAGUCCCCGGCCUUCUACGAGCUGCGGUACCGGGGGCAGCCCCUCAGGUUCAACCUCAGCCUCAACCGCAACCUCCUGGCGCCCGGCUUCGUCAGCGAGCGGCGGUUCGGGGGCAUCGCCGGCGCCAAGAUCCAGCCCCGCGCCUCCAACUCCUGCCAUAUGAUCGGGGAGGUGCGGGGCCGGGCGCCGGCGGGGGGGCUGGCUGUGCUCAGUACCUGUGAUGGCCUGAAAGGUGUGUUUCGGCUGAUGAACGAGGACUAUUUCAUCGAACCGGUGUCCACCAGCUCCCGGGAGGAGGGGGCAGCCCAGCCCCACAGGAUAUACAAGCGCCAGGUGCCCCAGCACGGGGCAGAGCUGGGCAGGAGGCCACCAGCUCCAUGGGAACCCUGUGGCGUGCAAGAAUCUCAGGAAAGCCUGGAGAGGUCUGAGAAGCGGCGGGAAAGAUGGGAGCAGAAGCAGCACAGGAAGAGGAGGAUAAAGCAGCGCUCCAUCAGCAAGGAGAAGUGGGUGGAAACGCUGGUGGUGGCAGACACCAAGAUGAUAGAAUACCACGGGAGCGAGAACAUCGAGAAGUACGUGCUGACCGUGAUGAACAUGGUGGCGGGUCUGUUCCACCACGCCAGCAUCGGGAACCCCAUCAACAUCGCCAUUGUGCGGCUCAUCCUGCUGGAAGACGAAGAGGAGGAUCUGAAAAUCUCCCACCACGCAGACAACACCUUGAGGAGCUUUUGCAAAUGGCAGAAGAGCAUCAACGUGAAAGGAGAUUCCCAUCCCCUGCAUCACGACGUCGCAGUCCUGCUCACAAGGAAGGACAUCUGCGCCGCAAUGAACAGGCCCUGCGAGACCCUGGGGCUGUCCCACGUGGCAGGGAUGUGCCAGCCCCACAGGAGCUGCAACAUCAACGAGGACACGGGACUGCCCCUGGCCUUCACCGUGGCCCAUGAGCUUGGACACAGUUUUGGGAUUCAGCAUGAUGGAAGCAGCAAUGACUGUGAGCCAGUUGGGAAAAGACCUUUCAUCAUGUCUCCACAGCUCCUGUAUGACACGUCCCCACUCACCUGGUCCCGCUGCAGCCGGGAGUACAUCACACGCUUCCUUGACCGGGGCUGGGGGCUGUGCCUGGAUGACCCCCCUGCCCGGGAAGUGCUGGACUACCCCUUGGUGCCCCCGGGUGUCCUCUACGACGUGGGCCACCAGUGCCGGCUGCAGUACGGCCCCUACUCCACCUUCUGUGAUGACAUGGAUAGCGUCUGCAACACGCUGUGGUGCACGGUGGGGAACACCUGCCACUCCAAGCUGGAUGCUGCUGUCGAUGGCACGGCCUGCGGGGAGAACAAGUGGUGCUUCAAUGGCGAGUGCGUGCCCGUGGGCUACCGUCCCGAGGCGAUCACCGGCGGCUGGAGCUCCUGGAGCUCCUGGGCAUCCUGCUCUCGCAGCUGCGGCGCGGGCGUGCAGAGCGCCGAGAGGCAGUGCAGCAGCCCCACGCCAAAGUACGGGGGCAGGUACUGCCUGGGGGAGCGGAAGCGGUUCCGGAUUUGCAACAUCAGGCCGUGUCCCCCCGACAAGCCCUCCUUCCGCCAGGUCCAGUGCAGCCAGUUCAACCCCAUGCUCUACAAAGGGAAGCUCUACAAGUGGACGCCAGUGCCCAACAACAUUAACCCCUGCGAGCUGCACUGCCGGCCGGAGGACGAGUACUUCGCAGAGAAGCUGCGGGACGCCGUCAUCGACGGGACGCCGUGCUACGAGAUGAACACCAGCCGCGACGUGUGCAUCAACGGCAUCUGCAAGAACGUGGGCUGCGACUACGAGAUCGACUCCAACGCGGUGGAGGACCGGUGCGGCGUCUGCCACGGGGACGGCUCCACCUGCCACACCGUCAAGAAGACCUUCGAGGACAGCGAGGGGCUGGGUUACGUUGAUAUUGGGAUCAUCCCUGUGGGAGCACGGGAGAUCCGCAUUGAAGAAGUGGCAGAAGCUGGGAAUUUUCUGGCGCUGCGGAGCGAGGACCCGGAGAAGUAUUUCCUGAAUGGGGGCUGGACCAUCCAGUGGAAUGGGGACUACAGGGUGGCGGGGACCACCUUCACCUACAAGAGGACGGGGAACUGGGAGAACCUCACCUCCCCGGGGCCCACCGUGGAGCCCGUGUGGAUCCAGCUGCUGUUCCAGGAGACCAACCCGGGCGUGCGGUACCAGUACACCAUCCAGCGCCCGGCCGACAGCGAGAACGAGAUCCAGCAGGCAGAGUUCCUCUGGCGCUUCGGCUCCUGGACCACCUGCACCGCCACCUGCGGCACCGGGGUGCAGCGGCAGAUCGUGCACUGCGUGGAGAAGCUGGCGGGCAUCGUGGAGGAGCGGUUCUGCGAUGCCCUCACCCGCCCCGACGACCAGCAGAGGACGUGCAACGAGGAGCCCUGCCCAGCAAGGUGGUGGGUUGGCGAGUGGCAGAAGUGCUCGGCCACCUGCGGCCGGUCAGGGCUGAUGAAGAGGACGGUGCUCUGCAUCCAGAGCGUGGGGCUGGACGAGCAGAGGGCCCUGCAGCACGCAGACUGCCAGCACCUCUCCAAGCCAGAGGCCACCGCACCCUGUCACCGGGAGGUCCCCUGUCCCUCCGAGUGGGCCGUGGGGAACUGGUCUGAGUGCUCUGCCACGUGUGGAAAUGGGACACAGAGGCGCCCUGUUCACUGCAGCAACAGCACUGGAGCCGCCUGUGACCCCGCAGAGAGACCCAGCUCGGAAACUAUUUGCUCCCUGCCACAGUGCCAGGAGGAAUUAGACAGCGCCAACAUGGACUGGUCCGGCAGCGGGUCCUCCAGCAGAGAGAUAUUCAAUGAAAUCCAUUACAUCCCCAGCAACCACAUUACUAAAUUUAACCCCUUAAUUCCAAAUAUUCCGGAGUCCAAUGAUGUCAAUCUCAUCACUGAGGAGGACUUCUCAGACAGGAAAGGAAAUGUCUUUGUUGACGAUUUUUACUAUGAUUAUAAUUUUAUCAACUUCCAUGAGGAUCUGUCUUACUAUCCCUUCACGGAGAAGGAGACGAAAGGCGAGGAGCCUAAGCCAGAGCUGAGCCCCAACGAUGUGGAGGGGUCCCAGGAGGUGCCCGCUGAUGACCUGGACACUGUCAAGCCGGGAGGAGAAGCAAGUGAGGACCAUCUGGUGACCAGCAAAGCAAACACUUCUGCUCCUGUGCACGGUGAAGGAGAGAUGGAGCCUCCUGGAGAAGAUUUAGCCGUGAAUGACCUCCUGAGCGUGGUCCCUGAGGAUGCGGGGACAGCCGCUCCCAAAUAUGCCAUCCCUGACUUCAUGGGUGAGGAAGAGGAUGCAAUGCUUGUGCCCCACUCCGACAACCACCUGCCCACCCAGAGCAGCGUGAGUUGGGGCUCUGCAAACAGCCAGGACCACCCACCCCUGGCCGGACCCUGGGGAGCCAUGCCCACGAGGACCGGUCCAGGCCAGGAUGCUCCAGCCCAUGGCCUCGCUCCUUGGGCUCCUUACCCAACUGAUCCCUCCCCACGGCAGCCUUCUGGCCAGGACAACGAUGGCACAGAGCCCUCCAACAGCCUGGCAGAGCCGGGGAGCAGCAGCGAGGGGCGUACGAGCACAGAGGGGCCGGGUGAUGCCAACAGUGAGGAGCAUGAUGUGACCAGCUCUGCAGGGAGAGGUCAUGAAGACCCGAAGGAAAUGGGUCUUGUCAUCACCAGUGAUGGCAAAGGUGCUGCCCCCAGGGCCACAGAGCAGGAAGGGUGGGCAGAAAUGCCAGAAGGGAUGGCAGGCACGCACAAGCAAGCCCACGGGACAGAGAGGGCAGAUCUUCCCUUCCCCACCCCACAGGGACCGUGGUGGGAGAUGGGUCGGAGUGCUGGCAGCACCCAGCCCGCUGUCAGACCCUAUCCCACGGGUGCUGACAGGGGUCCUGAGGGGCAGGCAGGGCACCAGCCAGAGGUCUACGCCCCCACCUCCCUCACCUCAGCCCCCUUGGUGGCCACUACAGCCUUCCCAGCAGCGGUAUCCUUGUCCCCAGCCGUGCCCAGGCUGGCCACCCAGCUCACCUCCAACGGCCUCACCCACCAAGAUGCCCUGGCACCAGCCAUGCCCACCGCCCCAGCUCACAGCCCUCCCGUGCACCCAAUGGAAGCAUCCUCCUCUGAAUUCCCCCCGGCGUGGUGGGCCGUGGGGGUGUCCCACCACCCAGAGCCAGCAUCACCCCCUGCCCAGCAGACCUCCCGCUGGCCCCCGAUCAGCAGCACCGAGCCAGGGGAGAGCUGGCCCUGGGCAACCCCAGGGACAUUUGCUUUCGGUGAUGGGGAGCAGGAGUUAUCCCAGCCCACCCCCGCUGCCCCACCGCUCCAGGAGAAGGAGGAAAGGGAGGAGGAGGAGGCUUUGCUUCCACCAUCGACCACCACGGCAGCCUCUGUGAUGCCCAGCUGGGAGGUCGGGAACUGGAGUGAGUGCUCGGCCACCUGCGGCGUGGGCGCGAUCUGGAGGAGCGUGCGCUGCAGCAGCGGCAGCGACGAGGGCUGCGCCGCCGCCAACAGACCCGUCCCGGCGCGGAGGUGUUCCCUCAGACCCUGCUCCUCCUGGCGUGUGGGCAACUGGAGUAAGUGCUCCAGGAGCUGUGGUGGGGGGACGAAGGUCCGGGACGUGCACUGCAUCGACACCAGAGACCAGAGGCUCCUGCGGCCCUUCCACUGCCAGGCUGUCCUCUACAAACCACCAGCACAGCUCCCCUGCCAGAGCACGCCGUGCCUGGACUGGUACACGUCCUCCUGGAGAGAGUGCUCGGAGUCCUGCGGCGGCGGGGAGCAGGAGCGGCUGGUGACGUGCCCGGAGCUGGGCCGCUGCGAGGAGACCUUACGGCCCAACACCACCCGGCCCUGCAACACCCACCCCUGCACCACCUGGGUGGUGGGCUCCUGGGGAGAGUGCACGGCUCCCUGCGGCGGGGGCAUCCAGCGGCGCCAGGUCAAGUGCAUCAACACCAAGACAGGGCUGGCCGAGGAGGACAGCAGCCUCUGUGACCAUGAGCCCUGGCCCGAGAGCACCCAGAAGUGCAACCCACAGGACUGCGAGAGCUCCGAGUCAGGCUUCGUCUGCGAGCGCGACCGCCUGACCUUCGGCUUCUGCCAGACCCUGCGGGUCCUGGGGAGGUGCCACCUCCCCACCGUCCACCUCCAGUGCUGCCGAAGCUGCCGCCAGCACGGGCACGAUGUGGCACCCGGCCGGGACCGCGGGGACGAGCGGGUCUCCAGGAGGUGACAGGACCGUCCCCAAGAAGCGCCAGGACCCGCGGGGGCUCCCGGAGCUGGGUGACGGCCAGGACUUGCGGCUCUGCCUCGUCCCGCGGCGGCGCCGGCCGGUGCUCUUUACAAAACACGGGGAAAGGCUUGAUUUCUUUUAUUUGUGCUACACUAUAACGGUGCUCAAACCAUCGGUCUGAAAAAUAAGGUCUGGCGUGGGCUGGGGAUGCGGGUCCCGCUGGUCCCGCAGGAGAUGCUGGGGCAGCCGGGACCCUCCAUCGGGGAACAUUUUGGGGAAGGGAUACCAAAAGCAGCAAUAAUUCGGGGGAGACCUCUCAGAAACGCUUAUGGUGCUAUCAUUUGACAUUUUCAGCCUCUUGAUGGUGUUGGCAGGCCAGCACGAAACUCUUGACUUUUAUUAUUAUUUUUAUGUCUACGAAGGGAGCAUCCAGCAUUCCAGCAGUACAGCCGACCAUUCGGGUUAGGGUUUGGUUUUUUUCCUUAAGGGACUUGAAGCUGGUAACCCAUUUCUGUAAGUUUCAUUAAAAUGUUUACACACUGAA